CAGCGGAGUUGCUCGGCGCGGCGUUCCCGCAGCAGCCGCCCCGCCGCCGGGCCCCGCCAUGAGCGCCGCCCCUGCCUAGCCCCGCCCGGUGGCCGGCCUCCGGCCUCGCCUCGCCUCGGGCUCGCCCCGCCGCCGCAGCCACCACCACCAGCAGCAGCGGAGGCAGCGGCGCGCCCCGCGGCAGGGCAGGAUGAAGGUGACCGUGGACUUCGAGGAGUGCCUGAAGGACUCGCCGCGCUUCAGGGCAGCUUUAGAAGAAGUAGAAGGAGAUGUGACAGAACUGGAACUGAAACUUGACAAGCUGGUGAAGCUUUGUAUUGCAAUGAUCGAUACUGGGAAAGCAUUCUGUACAGCCAACAAGCAGUUCAUGAAUGGAAUUCGAGACCUUGCACAAUAUUCCUGUAAAGAUGCAUUGGUUGAGACCAGCUUGACAAAAUUCUCUGACACCUUACAGGAAAUGAUCAAUUAUCACAAUAUCCUGUUUGACCAAACCCAAAGAUCAAUUAAAGCACAGCUUCAGACUUUCGUUAAAGAAGAUAUUAGGAAAUUUAAAGAUGCAAAGAAACAGUUUGAAAAAGUUAGUGAAGAAAAAGAGAAUGCUCUAGUGAAAAAUGCCCAAGUUCAAAGAAAUAAGCAACAUGAAGUGGAGGAAGCAACCAAUAUUUUGACUGCAACACGGAAAUGUUUUCGACACAUAGCUCUGGAUUAUGUUCUUCAGAUCAACGUUCUUCAGUCUAAAAGGAGAGCAGAAAUCUUAAAAUCAAUGUUAUCGUUUAUGUAUGCCCAUCUGGCUUUUUUCCAUCAAGGCUAUGAUCUUUUUAGUGAACUUGAGCCCUACAUGAAAGAUCUUGGUGCACAGCUGGAUCAGUUGGCUGUAGAUGCUGCAAAGGAGAAGAGAGAUAUGGAGCAAAAGCACUCCACUAUUCAACAAAAGGCUGCUUUACAGGAUUAUUCCAGUGAUGAUACUAAACUAGAAUACAAUGUAGAUGCAGCCAAUGGUAUUGUUAUGGAAGGUUAUCUAUUUAAGCGAGCCAGCAAUGCCUUCAAGACUUGGAACAGGAAAAAGCCAGAUCACAUCAGGCGCUGGUUCUCAAUACAAAAUAACCAACUUGUGUACCAGAAGAAAUUUAAGGAUAAUCCCACGGUAGUUGUUGAGGACUUGCGGCUUUGCACAGUUAAACACUGUGAAGACAUAGAAAGACGUUUCUGUUUUGAAGUGGUUUCUCCAACAAAAAGCUGCAUGCUUCAGGCUGAUUCGGAAAAGCUGCGGCAGGCAUGGAUUAAGGCUGUUCAGACCAGUAUUGCUACAGCAUAUAGAGAGAAAGGGGAUGAAUCUGAGAAACAGGAAAAGAAAUCAUCCCCUUCUACUGGAAGCCUAGAGUCUGGCAGUGAGACAAAAGAGAAGUUGUUAAAGGGAGAAAGUGCUCUACAGCGAGUUCAGUGUAUUCCUGGUAAUGCUGCCUGCUGUGAUUGUGGUUUGGCAGAUCCUCGCUGGGCCAGUAUCAACCUAGGAAUCACACUGUGCAUCGAGUGCUCUGGGAUACACAGGAGCUUGGGAGUCCACUUUUCAAAAGUAAGAUCUUUAACGCUGGAUUCAUGGGAACCUGAACUUCUAAAGCUUAUGUGUGAAUUGGGAAAUGAUGUUAUAAAUAGAAUAUAUGAAGCAAAGUUGGAAAAAGUGGGAGUAAAGAAGCCACAACCUGGAAGCCAAAGGCAGGAGAAGGAGGCAUACAUCAGAGCAAAAUACGUGGAGAGAAAGUUUGUAGAGAGGCAGCCUGUGUCAGUAUCUCUACUUGAAUCCGGAACAAAAGUUUUGCCUCAAAGUCAGGAAGAGAAAAGGCACAGUGGCCCUGAAAAAUCCCUUUUGGCAGGGGAACAAGGUGCGGCAUCCCUAAAAGCGGUUGCUGUAAGUAGCGACGAGGCGAGGCGGGAGUCUCUGUUCUGUCCUGAUGAACUAGAUUCACUCUUCUCCUACUUUGAUACCUCUUCAAAACUACGUAGUAUACGAAGCAGUGACAGUGGGAUCCAGCAGAGUGCUGAUGACAGCAGAGAACACCUUGUCUCUACUAUAUCAGCUAACAGUUUGUAUGAACCAGAAGGAGACAGGCAAGAGUCUUCUGUGUUCUGUGACUCCAAACAGUCUAGUCCAGGAUUGCAGCUGUAUCGAGCUGCCUUUGAGAAGAAUCUGCCUGAUAUGGCAGAAGCAUUGGCCCAUGGAGCUGAAGUAAACUGGGUCAACGUAGAAGAAAACAAAGCAACACCACUUAUUCAGGCAGUGCGAGGGGGUUCGUUGGUUACUUGUGAAUUUUUGCUGCAGAAUGGGGCCAAUGUGAACAUCAGAGACAUGAAAGGAAGAGGACCCCUGCACCAUGCCACGGUUCUAGGACACACGGGACAAGUGUGUUUAUUCCUAAAACGAGGAGCAAACCAGCAUGCCACUGAUGAAGAUGGGAAAGAUCCAUUGAGUAUAGCAGUAGAAGCUGCAAAUGCAGAUAUUGUAACAUUGUUGCGUUUAGCAAGGAUGAAUGAAGAAAUGCGUGAAUCAGAAGGACUCUAUGGACAGCCAGGAGAUGAAAUUUAUCAGGACAUUUUUCGUGACUUUUCUCAAAUGGCAUCAAAUAAUCCAGAGAAGCUAAACCGUUUCCAGCAGUCAGAUUCCCAGAAGUCUUAAGUGUCAAGAAGGAAAAGAACCUGAUCCUUAUAAUGCAACUCUUUUUUUACUUUAACAGAAUGAAUUAUAUGCAUUUUGUUAGAUAGUUUGGAUAAAAUGACCACUCUAAUGUAGCUUUAGAUUGUGGUAGCUGGGGAAAUGUAUGAGUUGUUUUAUGUUCUACAAUACGUAUACCUCAGCAGCUGAAGAAAAUGUUUAAAAAAAGGAAUACCUGCUAGCUCAGUAUAAAAAUAGUACCUGUUAGCAAGUACCAAGUUUGUCUGUGGUUCGUACAUAAAGUUAGCAGAGUGUAGCUGUAUGCGUUGCAGACUCCCGAUGGCAGGACGAGCAGACCAGCUUUGCUAUUUAGUAUUGCCUGCUGUCAUCUGUCUCCUUAUUGCCAUAAAGAAUGUGCCUCUGACAAGAAGGUCUGGGUUGCAUUUUCUGGGACUGUUUGGAAGGGAAAUCGGGUAAUGACUUCUUGAGUUGUCCUUCUAUUUGUGGGCCUAUAACUUAACAGGUUCUCUUGUUCCUACGCUGACUCUGGUUAGAGGUAGGCUGUUAAUAACAAGACAUGGCAACUCCUGCUCUUUUGUAAGUUCUUUCACAGUGGAAGCUUUAACACCAGGCUGGCCUUUAUGCUAGUGACUGCAGGUCAGUCACAAUAGGUAUACAUCCUGGAGGACCAAACUUCUAAGAGCAGUCUGUUUUCCUUUUUUUCUCUUAAAUUAAAUUCUCUGUGCAGCAAGUAUACUUUUAAAUGAGCAUGUGGAACCUCUCAUGAAAAAUAAACUUAAUCAUUCUGGACAUGAUGUGGGGUUUGUUUGUAGUAUUUUGACAUCAAAACUUGAAUUUGAGACAUGAAAGUAAAUAUUGAGCCAAUGGAAUUUGUGUAGAACAGUCGUACGAAGGCUGUUUGUUACCUUUUCUUUUUGCUGUUCUCGCUACUAGCCAUAAGCUGAAUAUAUAAAAUCUCAUAUGUAAUGCAGCCAUGCUAAAUUUAGGGCAAUCGAUCCUUUUUACCAGGAAGCAGUAUCCUUUAUAUAAUCUGCAAAGAUGUGUAUGUAUACAUGUUGUCUAAACUAACGUGUGCACAAGAAAACCUAGGAAUUUCACCACACAUUUUAGCGAAGUAAUGAAUGAGCAUAGUCUCCAGCUGUAUUCUGAGGGCAGCAACACAAUUUGCUUUACUCAAUAGUGAGCUCCAUUCUGCUGAUAUGCAUGCAUAAAUGGUGUCUGUAGAUACAUGCUUAUGUGUCAGGUUAUUUAAUACCUAGACAGUAAUCACCUGAAGCCCCAAACCAGCAGAUGCCAUUCUUUAUGCUCUAUUUGUCUGCCCUGUGGACAACUUGGCAAUUUUUAGGUAACAUACUAUCAAUGUGAGUUUUUAAUAGUCCUAAUAGCCAUGGCAUUUUGCUAACCUGCUGUUUAAAUGUAUUUAGGAAAUGAAUUGGCUUUUCUCCAAGCUGACUAAGCAAAAUUGGGUAAACAAAUUCUGUAAACUAUGGUAAAAUUAAACUUUCUGGCACAUUAAAUUUCAACAAUGUAUUUCAAAUAUUUAUAAUUUUGCAUCAAAUGUAUAAUAAUGUAUCAAAUCUGAAUGAUUAUUGCUGCAAAGCUAAUAGCAUUUUAGAAUUGUCCAAUAGAUUCUUUUUCCAAGCAUAAGAAUCUUGCAAAUAGUUCUUUUUUGUGUAUGGUCUAAUUAUGCUAGGAAAAGCAGAUUCUGCCCAUUUAAAGAGUGCAUUUAGUCUGAAUAAUAAGAAACUUAGGAAUAUCACCUGUAAUAAGCAGUAAUUUCUAGUAAGUUGUUUUUUAAAUAGCUGUCUGUGAAAUUAUAAUAUACUUCCUAAUCUGCAGUAUUUAACGGCAGUGGAUGUUUUAGUAGAUCUUAGAGAAAGAAAAAUUCCCAGUGUACAGAUGGGACAAUGUAGGAUAUGACCAUGUAUAGUAUACACUUCAGACAUAGGUUUUUCUAAAGAUUUGUCUUUUGCAGCCUACAUGACAGGCAGUAUAUAGUGUGAUUGGCUGUAAUGUAAAGCUACCUAAAGCUUAAUGGCAUAAUUGCUAUCUCAGUCCGUGCUGUUGAAAAAAUGUCCAAGACACUUAUUUCAAAUCUCCACUGGUAUUUUCCUUCCUAGCUGCAAAAAUCUGUGACAAAUUUUGCAGGACAACUUCCUGUAGACAAAAAAAGUUUCUUCCUAGUAGCUCUGCAGAUCCAUGUGUUGCAUUCCUGACUCUCAUCUGUCUGGGAAGCAGUAUCAGUCUAUUUAUGCUAAAGGACUAAUAACAUAACAUACCUGAUCCACAGACGGUAUUACUCUUGUCAGGAUCUCUGGAGUUGUAAUGGUUCAGGGAGUAGGUAUGUCACUUCUGAUCCUACAGCCUUGUUCCCCAAUCCUUUUAGGUACUCUAGGAUGUCUAGUAUAAACUGCAUUCAGUUAAAGCUUUUUUCAGGUCAGGUGCAAUACAUAUGUUUAAUAUGUUGCUCAUCAGCAAAAAUGAAUAUGCCAUUAAGUUACAUGAAAUGUAUUGAGGGCUUAGUCCUACCAGACACUGGCAGGCUCAGUGCUCCAGGGCCUCUAGCUCACAGGAUUCAGCCCUCAGUAGUACAAAGUAUGAUUAUUACCAGGGCUCUGAAGGUCUGGAUUCUAUAUCAAGUUCUGACUCAAGUGCUAAUCUGCUGCUCAGUAAUAUUAGGAAACUUCCAUUUUUAUUACAACAGGAAUCUGAGUAUAACUAGAAUAGUAGACAGUAAGGCUCCAUUGUGGGUUAGCAUCUUGUACUCUGUACAAGAUGAUGGAAAGCUUCAAUUCCAGUUCGUGUUUCUCUGUAGGUAUGAAAUAUAGUAGGUCUUAAUUGGUGAGGUACAAAGCAGUAGAUUCCUAAUACAGUUUAAAAUCAGCUUUCACAUGGAUUUAUAGUAAUUUACUAGAUAUGAAGGAUUUUAUAAUAUUUUUUCUAGCCAGAGUUAGAUCAUAUGUUCUAGAAGUCUCUUGGAAAGACGUAUGUCGAGGAGCUCAAUGUAUAUUCUAAUGCAUCUUGAUUUCAGAGGUGUAAUUUACUUAACGUUGCAUGUUGAUUCAAAGAGUGUCCGUGGGGUCUCCUUAGUGGUCUGUAUUGUUCUGAUUGUUCAUAGGGUUUCAUAUUUUAUGUUAAUGUCAGUACAGGGCAUAUAAACUUAAAUUUCUUAAUUAUUAUACUGAAUUAUGCCACUGAAUUAUAUUAGACAUGCUGGACUUUGUUCCCAUAAAUUUGGGUGAAGGCGGUAGAUGGUAGAAUUCUUUCUUUGCUUUCACAAGCUGCACGUACUGAAUGCACAGUCUGAAAGCACGUUUCAAUUGUUCAUUAGUACAUUGUGGACUUCAGCCUCCUUACCAAUUAGGACCUAAUCCAAGAAGUCACUGAAAUCAGUGGCAGUAUUUCCACUGAUUUCAGAGGCUUUGGAUUGUACCUUUUGUGGCUUCUAAUGUUAGUGUGUUAAAGGAUCCUGUAUUAAUACUGCGUUUUUCACUCUGUGGGGUUUUAUAUUUUACCUCUUUAUAUACUGAGCUGAAAUAGUUUUAGAAAAUGCAACCAGACCUUCCAACUGCUGUCAGCAAAUCCCCGUACAAGAGGAAGUUUCUCCUGUUUUGCAGUAUGACAUCAGUACACGCAUGUCCAAAUUAUUAGAGUUCUCCUCGAUAGAGCAAAAACUUUGUAGCACUAAAGAAAAAAGGUGAGAACUAGAAUUAGCACAGGGUUGGCUGUGAUGUUUUCAGGACUUCGGUGCUUCCCUGCAGCCAUCUGUUUUACAGCGUGGAUGUUAACUCUGCUUCUUGAUCAUGAGAAUCUCAAAUGACACAGUGACUAUCAAAGGACCAUUUGAUAGAAUUGCAAAUUGUGAGAGUGCUAAGGACGUAACAUUUUUAUACUGUCAAAAGGACUAAGCUGAUUAUUCUGGUUAUUUAAUACACUGAAAGUAUUUUGAGAGUCAGUUUUGCAGACUAGCCUCUCUGCCCAUUCACAGAUGGACGCUUUUUCCGAAGUUAGAGUUUAUGCCACUUGUUUGUGCAGCCUGAUAGCUGAAAUGUCUUGCUUGCACAAAAGCGCAUUUUUAAAAUGGGGACAACUCCAGAAAGGCAAUAUGGGGCGGGGGGGGGAAAGGACGAAUGUGCCGCUUUGGUAUACCCCCUUUCAGACGCUUGCUUUAUCUUCCUGCAUACAGUAUUUUCUUGUUUCUCUUCCCAUGGAAGGAGAUGAUAGAGGAGGAAAAAAUCCCGCUCACUUUUUUUGUUAGGAUCCCAGAUUGUCCGUGUUUUGAUAGAGAUCGCUGAGAAAUUGUCGUUUCCUCAAGCAGAGAGGUAACUCUGUCUGAAAUAAUGAACUUUUUUUUUUCUUUAUCCAUGCGUCCCUCUGUAGCUGGUGUUUUUUAAGCAUUCCAGCAGUAAAAUGCUUGCAUUCUCCUGUGAACCCUUCUCCCCCCUUAAGGUGUUAACUGUAAAGAAUGUAUAACCAGCCCUAGUUCGCAUUUAUUACGUCUGUAGCCUCUGUAUCAAAAACUUGAAUGUAGUUUUCUGUAGUUUGCCAUUGUAAAUGAGAGAAACGCGUUAUUACCUUUGUAGUUACUUAAUCGACUGUACAUGCUGUAAGGAUUGUAAAUACUGGACUUGAUUAAACCUUUGUACGCUG